AUGGGAGCGAUCCCUUUCCUUCUCAGCCACGCCGACACUUCAGAAAAGCUUCCGUUUGCACACUAUCCAUCUACUUCACCCUCGCCCUCUCGGCUGAUUCCUGGGUUCAUGGUCUGGCUUCAGAUUACGCUAAUUGUCCUCCUCGGUCUGUGUGGAGCGACCCAGGCUCAGUUUCAGUUCUUCGAGCAGAUGUUUGGCCAUGGUCAUCAGCAGCAGCAGCAGCAACAACGGCACCAGCAGGCGUCUUCGACUUCGCAAUGGACCGCAAAUGCUGAUAUCGUUCCAUGCUCCGACUACCUCUGCCCCGAUACGCUCGUUUGCGUCUCGAACCCGAUUGACUGCCCUUGCCCGGACGUGCAGGACGUGAAAUGCUUGAUUCCAGACGCGCAGGAUAAGGGUGGUGCUACCGUACUAUGUGUUAGGGGCAGAGAAGGGUGCCAGGAAGCUGAGAGACUAAUGCGCAGACGGUGAUGAUACCCAUCAUAUCCUGUACAUGUUCCUUCGGAAGUAACUCAUAACGACGCGUUGAAAGCUCAGCGGCAUUAUGACCGGUAGACCACACAUGAAGAAUCCUUUUGGGCUCGACCCGGUAUGUUGCAAACCUGGAUAAGGAUAAGGCAUAC